AUGGAUAGAGAACAAGAGCAAAUGCAAUUCUUGGGCCUCUUCGGCAUCUUCAAAGAAAGCUUCAAGAUCAUCCACUCAUGGCGAAAGAUCUUCACCCAAAUAACUCUAACCUUAAUCCUCCCUCUAACCUUCAUCUUCUUGGGUCACCUCGAGAUCUCAAAUUCACUCUUUCAAGACAUCAAACAUACAGAAUUCGAAAAAGACUUUACACGUCCUGGUACCAGAACAUACAAUAAGCUCUCCGACACACUCUCAUCGGAAUGGAUAACUUUCUUGCUCUUCCAAAUCGCCUACUUCACCAUCCUCCUCAUCUUAUCCCUCCUAUCCACCGCCGCCGUCGUCUACACCAUCGCCUCCAUCUACACCGGCCAAGAGUUGACUUUCAAGAAAGUAAUGAGCGUCGUCCCAAAAGUCUGGAAAAGACUCAUGGUCACAUUUUUAUGCAUGUUUGCAGCUUUCUUCGUUUACAACUUCAUCGCAGUACUGGUAAUGUUCAUCUCUAUGGCGAUCUUUCCUUUUAACGUUGCGGUUGUCGUCCUGUUCGUCGUCUUGAUCAUUUACUUGAUUGGGUUUGUGUACAUGACUGUGAUUUGGCAACUGGCGAGCGUGGUCUCUGUUCUUGAGAGCUCGUAUGGGUUUAAAGCUAUGAAGAAGAGCAACGAUCUGAUCAAGGGAAACCAAGGAGUUGCCAUUCUUAUCUUCUUUAUGUUGAAUAUGUUCUUCAUACUUGUAAAGUACUUAUUUGAAAUAUUCGUUGUUCACGGAAGCUCGUUGAACAUGGAGGCAUGGAAGAGGGUUGGAUUCGGUUUCUUGUGUUCCCUACUGCUUUUAACAUUCUUUCUCUUCGGGCUCGUCAUCAAAACGAUACUUUAUCUGGUUUGCAAAUCGUAUCAUCAUGAAAACAUCGAUAAAGGAGACCUGUCCAAUCAUCUUGAAAGUUAUCUCGGUGAUUACGAGCCUCUAAGUGGAAAAGAUGUUCAGUUAGAACAAUAUCAAGUUUGA